GGGCCGCCUGGCGCCGCCAAAACCCUCAGAAACCCCCGGCGAGCGGCGAGGAGAGGCGGCGGCGGCGAUGGCGACGGCGACGAGGGCGAAGGACCUGGCGCGGAGGUCGCCGAAGAAGUACGUGGAGGAGGCGCUCUACCGGCGGCUGUUCCGGCGGGGGUCGACGCCGCAGGCGGUGCGGGAGGAGGUGGACGGCUUCCUCGGCAGCCGCAAGCGCGCCUUCAAGUGGGAGGUCGGCGUCUGCGUCCGCCGCCUCCGGCGCCAGGAGCUCUACCGCCCCGCCCUCAAGCUUACUGAAGUUAUGACUAGAAGAGGCAUGAAUCCUACAGUCGGUGAUCAAGCAAUCCGCUUGGAUCUUGUUGCCAAAUCGAGAGGCAUCGCUGCUGCUGAGAAGUACUUCAUGGACCUCCCAGAAACUUCUAAAACACAUCUCACAUAUGGCGCUCUUCUCAACUGUUACUGCAAGGAGUUAAUGACUGAGAAGGCUGGGUCCCUUAUGGAGAAAAUGAAGGAGCUCAACUUUGCUUUCACUGCUAUGUCCUACAACAGCUUAAUGACACUAUACACCAAGGUCAACCAACCUGAGAUGGUUCCCAGCAUCAUCCAGGACAUGAAGGCAGAUGAUGUAUUGCCUGAUGUCUAUACCUAUAAUGUUUGGAUGAGGUCCCUUGCAGCUCGUCAAGACAUAUUAGGGGUUGAGAGGGUGAUUGAAGAGAUGACAAGGGAUGGCCGUGUUGCUCCUGAUUGGACAACAUACAGUAACCUGGCUUCCAUAUACGUUGAUGCUGGACUGCCUGAGAAGGCAGAAGCCGCUCUUAAGGAGCUGGAGAAGCGCAACACUGGCAAUGAUCUUGAAGCCUACCAGUUCCUCAUUACACUGUAUGGGCGAACACAAAAUUUAGUGGAAGUUCAUCGUGUUUGGCGGUCAUUGAAGCGGAAUAAUCCUAGGAAGGCAAACAUGAGCUAUCUUAACAUGAUUCAGGUUCUGGCGAACUUGAAGGAUCUGCCUGCUGCUGAGGCCUGCUUCAAAGAGUGGGAAGCCCGGUAUAUCCGUCCACCUAAGACUAAAGCAACUGAUGCUGUGACAACUGAAACUUCUAAGUUGGAAGAAGAAGCUUCAACCGAGGCAUCUAAUAAUGAUUCUGAUGUUAAGGAAACAGAGGACAAGGGAACAGAGGAGCUUGACCUGAAACGUCCUAAAUACGACAUCCGGGUUGCAAAUGCUCUGAUGAAAGCAUACGUUACAGAGGGUAUGCUUGACAAGGCCAUUGCUCUCAAGAAGCGUGCCAAGAUGCGCGGAGGAAGGCUUAACGCGAAGACGUGGGAGAUUUUCAUGGAGCACUAUCUCAAGGUAGGGGAUCUGAAGAAUGCCCAUUGGUGCGCCGACCGUGCAAUCAAGAAGGGGCACAGCAGCGGCAGAAUCUGGGUGCCGCCACAUGACGUGACUGAGACCUUGAUGGGCUACUUUGAGAAGAAGAAAGACGUGGACGGCGCUGAGAGUUUCGUCGAGGUGCUAAAGAAAGUGCAGAAAGAUCUGGGGACGGUGGUGUUCGAGCCGCUGGUACGGACGUACGCGGCGGCUGGAAAGAAGUUCCCCGGUAUGCGACACCGUCUGAAGAUCGAAAACGUGGAACUCAGCGAGGAAACUGACAAGCUGGUCGAUUCCAGAUGUGUUGAUUGAUUAUGUUUAUUAGAAUCCCACUUUGUUCCAUCUCAAUAACAGACAGCAGUAUGCUCUAAAUUGUUUUUGCUGUUUUCUUCUGCAAAACCUGUAACACCAAAUGUUAGCCGGACAUUUAUUUCGGUUCGCCAAGGUCUCUGCACACCAUCGGAGUCCUUUUGCUGUUGAAAUGCUCUGCUUUUCUGUGGUACUGUGGCCUUGUCUUCGGUGAACCGAAUGAAUUAUAAAUGCUUCAAUUGUUUGAAACAAAAA